AUGGCGCACCUAUACGGCGCGGGCGCGGACCCACCGGGUGGAUACGGUGAUGGUGCGCAGUACGGAGCUGCGCAGCCCGGCGCGGUGCUUCCGUCGUUUCCGUUCGACGCCUGUACGACGUUACAGACUGAACUCUUAGAAGAAGGUCACGCUCCGCCCGCGAUUACCUCGUGCGGGUUCGACUGCGGCGAGGAAUUACUGUGGUGCGGCACGGAAGACGGAUGGAUCACCGCGAUGUACGCUCCGACGCUCGCCAGACAUGUCUCCGUGGAGGCACACGCGCAUGCGGUGACUCAAAUAGUACCCCUUGCCUGCGGGGCGCUGAGCCUGAGCGCGUCCAGCGUGAAAUUUCAUACCUCCGGCGGGAUCGAGACACUCACGUGCGCGUCGUGCGACGGGGAGCAGAACGCAUUGAAGGCACUGGCGUAUCAGCAUCCGCACGGGCGAAUGGCAGGGAAGGUUUACGUCGGAAGAGCAGCGCCGGUGAUUGAGCAGUACGACCUCACGCGAGGCGUAUUGAUCAAGUCGACCGAGUUGAAACACGCGUGUGAGAAGUUGAAUUGGGGCACUCAGCGCGGAUUACUCGUUGCUGGUCAAGAGAAUGGAGAGUUGAGCUUCCGAGACACCCGCAACGGCUUGAGGCAGGAAUUAAUGGCCACGGCGCACGGGUUGGGAAGCGUCACGGGCAUCACGGGAAAGGGUGAUCUCGUGGUCACGUGCGGGACUACGACGAGAGCGGGGCAGGUCGUGGUGGAUCAAUUCAUCAAAGUUUUUGAUGUGCGGUAUAGCGCGAGAUUGCUCAAUCAGAUUCAAUUUCCCUCGGGUCCGGUUUCCGUGGAGUUUAAUCAUGGUUAUGAGUCUCCGACUCUCAGCGUUGUGGGGUACACAGGCGCUGUGCAGACACUCGAUGUCGUGAAUCCGGCAGUGAUUCCGUACACCUACCAAAUAGACACGCAUGGGGCAUCAAUUAUUGGACAAGCUGUGUCCUCCACCGGCGAACUCGUGGCGUUCAACGAUGACUCAGGAUGGGUUCACGUGUAUGCCUCAGGUGAAGAAUCGUACGUGAACGCUGAAUCGUUCCCGACCGCACCGGUGGAUGAAUACGCCCUUUCUCAACAGGAGUUUCAAUUACCAGAUGAUCUCACGGCAUGCGGUCUGACCGCGGAGGAGAUCAAUCCAGCGAAGGGGGAAUUCAAGUCCAACUCUAGUUUACAGGGCGCCAGGGUGAUAGAGACGAAGAAGAAGGGACUCCCUAAAAUGUACGCACGUGUCGAGUGCAAUCGGUCGGCACUGACUGCUGAAAGACGCUACGAGGAAUUUGAUUUUUCGACGUACAACAAAACUCGUUUGCCGGGUCUUACGAACGAUUUGGCAAAUUGUUACGUCAAUCCUGUCUUGCAAAUUUUGCACUUUGUCCCAGAGCUGAGAUCAAAGGUGCUGGCACACACCUGUGAACGCGAGUUCUGUCUCACGUGUGAGAUGAGCUUCUUGUCGCACAUGCUGAGCACGUGUCCACCAGGUCUCGCGACGCAACCACUGAAUUUUUUACGCACCCUCCGCCAAAUUCGUGAGGCUGCUGCUCUUGGAUUGAUUGAGGGCAGAGAUGAGCUCGAAGCCCGCGCUGAGCACUCACCUAUUCGUAGAGUGCAAGCAUUCCUUCGAUUUAUUUUGGAACAGCUGAAUAAAGAAGAGCUGUCCAGAAGACAAGCCCUCGGUGACGUCGCGCCAACCGGGCAAACCGCAUGUGAGUCUAUCUUUGGCACCAUUUCAAAGGAGACACUCAAGUGCACGCAGUGCGCUGUGACGACGGCGAAGGAAACGCGAAACUUCCAGGUCGAUCUGCAAUAUCCGACUGUACGCGACGGUCAGCGCCCGUCAUUCGUUGACCUGCUUAAGAGGUCUCUAGAUGUUUCGCAGGAAAUGCGUGCCUGGUGCGAAGGUCACAAGGCGUACACGCGAAUGAAGCAAAAUCGGCUUCCUCUCUCACUCCCGACUGUGUUGUCAGUAAAUCUUGGUAUGGCCGAUUUGAAGGAUUUACAUUGGUGGGGAGUCGACUCGAGUGCGGGUCCUACCGCGGAUGCGUUCGGUGGCAAAUUACACGAGCGCUGGCUACCGCAUGUCAUUCAGAUAAGUCUCGACGUGGAUUCAAAAAUACUGGAAGUGAAGCACGCCUUGGACCCUUCGCAGUUCACAGCUGCGCCAAAUUCGACCGUGUACGAACUGACCGGGUUGGUCGCGUUCAGUCGAAAUAUAGACGACGAAAUUAAGAAGGGCUCAGAUUUGCGUCAGACGAAGAGUGCGGACAUCUCUGGUCAUUUAGUCAGUUUCAUCAAAGUCAGACCGCCGUACGUGGAUGUCUCAGGAGAUUUCACAGCGUCGCCGAAAAAGCCGGGAAGUACUCCGGGAGUUUCUCCGCUUGGUAACGCCGGCGCCGUCAAAACGACAGAAGUAUCAGAAUCGUCGACGUUCGCGCCAACGAAAGCGCCGAUCACAGCGAAUCCGAGCACUCCGUCGGUGUCUCGCACUUCGGCGCCGGGCAGUGUCAAUGAAUGGCUUUUGUUCAAUGAUUUUGUCGUGAGUCAGGUCUCGAAGGAUGAAGUCACGCAACUCUACGGACAGUUGAAGAUACCUUGUCUGUGUAUGUACACCAAGGUAGAAAAACCCGCGCCACUGCCGCUACCACCGUCGCCGAUCACGUUUGAGCUGUACAAGAAGGUGACGCACGGAAUGUCCGUUCCGCGCGGUGUUCCUUUCGUUCCUUUCUCGUGCGUCGGCGAAGACACGCCUGGUCCUGGUAUGCUGCUGGGCAUUGAUGCCGAGUUCGUAUCACUUGCGCCGGCAAUCAUGGCGGUUCGCGACGAUGGUACUGAGUACGAGUCUGUCCCGGCACGCCUCGGGCUAGCUCGAGUCUCCGUCGUGCGCGGUCAGGGACAGCAAAAGUUGACGCCGAUCAUCGACGAUUACAUUCGGGCGGUCGAACCCGUGCACGAUUAUUUGACGCGUUUUAGUGGAUUGGUUCCAGGUGAUUUAGAUCCCGCGACAAGUCCACACUUCAUCACACAGCUCAAACACGCGUACUUGAAGCUUCGAUAUUUGAUUGACGCCGGGUGUAUCUUCGUCGGACAUGGCUUGAAGCAAGACUUUAAGAUGAUCAACAUCGUUGUUCCGCCAGACCAAGUCAUCGAUACGGUGGAGCUGUUCCACUUCAAGCGCCAGCGUAAACUCUCUCUCAAGUUUCUGGCCACGAAUCUCCUCGGGGAAGAGAUCCAGGGCGAAACGCACGAUUCGAUUGAAGACGCGCGCACAGCCAUCAAGCUUUACGAAACGUAUCUCGAUUUGCAAGCGCGUGGAGAGUUUGAAUCGGAGCUGUUAGAGAUAUACAGGUUUGGGAAGAAAUUUGGUUUCAAGGGAGAGACGACAAACGAAGAAACAAACCCAAGUGAUGCAGGUUUGAUGAGCGCCGAAUCCUGGACAAAUUUGCAGCAGGACAUGUCGGCUCUCGGGAUGUCUGAUGACGGUGGAGUGUCAUUACAAGAUUUCGCGCAGUCUCGACAGUCCCGGUUCGGCAUCGAAUCGCACCAACGAUCCGCACCACCGCCGAUAGCCAUGCCGUUUACGCCGCAAAUGGCGCCGCAAAUGGCGCCGCAAAUGACGCCGCAAAUGGCGCCGCAAAUGACGCCGCAAAUGGCGCCGCAAAUGGCGCCGCAAAUGACGCCGCAAAUGACGCCCGCACAACUGAGUCAAAUGCUCGGAAUAGGAUUCGGCCACGCGCAACCCGUUCGCACUGGCUUGCACAUGGGAUCUAAUCCCGUGCCAAUGCAACAAACCGUGCCGAUGCCCCCUGGAGCGCCGCCGAUGCCUCCGAUGCAGAUGGGCGCAGGUGUGCCUCGUCCGAUGCACGCGCCUCCGCCUCCGCCUUUUCCGCCGGGGCCUCCAGGUAGACAGUGGGGAACGUGA